UACACUACAUAUAUUGCCAAACGUAUUGGGACACCCCUCCAAAUUAUAGUAUUCAGGUAUUCCAAUCACCUCCAUAGCCACAGGUGUAUAAAUACUGCUUCUACAAACAUUUGUGAAAGAAUGGGUCACUCUCAGAAGCUCAGUGAAUUGAAGCGUGGUACCGUGAUAGGGUGUCACCUGUGCAAUAAGUCUAUCCAUGAAAUUUCCUUGCUACUUAAUAUUCCACGAUCAACUGUUAGUGGUAUUAUAACAAAGUGGAAGCAACUGGGAACAACAGCAACUCAGCCACGAAGUGGUAGGCCACGUAAAAUGACAGAGCGAGGUCGGCACAUGCUGAAGAGCACAGUGCGCAGAAGUCACCAAUUGUCUGCAGAGUCAAUAGCUAAAGACCUCCAAACUUUGUGUGGCCUUCAGAUUAGCACAACAGUGCAUAGAGAGCUUCAUGGAAUGGGUUCCCAUGCCCGAGCAGCCGCCUCCAAGCCUUACAUGACCAAGUGCAAUGCAAAGUGUCGAAUGCAGUGGUGUAAAGCACGCUGCCACUGUACUCUAGUGUAGUGGAGACGUGUUCUCUGGAGUGACCAAUCACGCUUCUCUGUCUGGCAAUCCGAUGGACAUGUCUGGGUUUGG